AUGUUUUGGCAAAUUUUGGUGGGAGUUUUGGUGAUUUUUUCGAAAUUUGGAGAAUCGUCGAAGAAGUUUCCGAUUAGUGAGUUUUUUCUUGGGGAGCUGGAAAUUUCAGUUGAAAUUUGAGUUUUUAAAAUUUCUCUAAUUUUCAGAAAAUUUUAAAACUCAUUUUUUGAAUUUCAAGAAAACUUUCAAAAUUUGUGAACUUUUAUUUUCAACCAAAAAAUCAGACAUUUUUUCAUUUCACUUUUUCUUUUCGGCAACAAAAAUUGAAUAUGCAAAUUCAAAUUCAACAAAUUUCCCGAAAAGUUCAUAUUUUUUCUCAAAAAAAAAGUGAAUUUUGAAAAUUUUCAGAACUCAAAAAUUCUUCAAAUUGAAAAUUUCUUGCCCAAAAAAAUUAUUAUUUUUCAGGAGCUUUUGUGGAUUCUUCGGACACUGACAAUGAUUCAGCACAUGCUAUUAUUGAGGUAACAAAAAAAUAGUGCCAAAACGCCACGUGGCCAUAUUUUUAUAUUUUUUCAGAUGCUUCGUUUGGCUGAAAUGUUGCAUAAUGGUCGAACUGACGUGGAUUUUGAUGUUUUGUUGGGAACUCGAGAUUUGCCGCCAAUGGAAAAAGCAAUGAUGAUGUGGAAUUUGAAUCGAAUUAGUUUGGUUUUUUUUGGGAAAGGGGAGGGAGUUUAAAAAAUCCACGUGGAAAAUUGGGCAGCUUGAAAAAUUUUUGGAAUUUUUUUGAUUUCAAUAUUUUCUUCUUUUUUUUUCAAAACUUCUUGACAAAAAUUGUUUCAAAAUAGAAAUUCGAAGUUUCAAAUGUUCAAAAACUGAUCUGACUUUUAUUCAAGAUUUUUAGAAUUAUAAAAAAACCUCAUAAUUUUUCUGUCAACUUUUUUGAAAUUGAAAAAUCAAGAUUCUAAGUACUUUCUACAAAAGUAUUUUAUUACAAAAAGUACAAAAGUACAAAAAAUAUUCAAAAAUUCUAAAUUUAUCACAAAAAAUUGGAUCAAAUUAAGUAAAUUAAUUCAUAAAAUAUUCCUCCAUCAACUAUUUUUUGCAGUCUGCGAUGAAAUGAAACUUGGUUUCAUGAUAAUGCUCGCAGGAACAACAUUCAAAAAUUUUGGAGUUUACGAAGAUAUUUCAAAUCACAUGCAAAUGCCAUUAAUCGAUUGGGAAUCACCAAAAAUCGAGAGAAAUGAUAAAAAUAAAAAAUCGGCAGAAAUUCCAAUGAUUUUCUCAAUAAAUCCACCAACAGAACAAUUAGUUAUUGAUUAUAUUCAAUAUAAAGGAUGGAGAAAUUUCGUAUAUAUUCAUGAUGAUAAUGAUGGUUAGUUUGAGAUUUUUGGGUCCCGAACAUGUUUCAUUUUUCAGCCGAUCGUCGACUUCGUUCAAUGUUUUCAUAUCUUCAUCAAAAAUCACCAAAUUAUCAACUUUUUGUUGAAAAUUAUGCGGCACCAAAUGAUGAGGAAAUGUUUCGAGAAUUUUUGAAUCAAUUUCAUCGAAGAUUAUCGACACAACAAAAUUUGAAAACUAAUGAAAGUUCGGAGGAAAUUGAUGAAAUUAUGUUAGUUUUUCGGGGUUAGAGGAAGGGGUUGUAAAUUACUGUAGAAAUUUCAGAAUUCAGAGAAUUUCUACGAUGGUUCGGGUGUACUGUAAUUUAUUUAUCAUUAUUAAGAAUGAAUUGAAAAUGGUUCAUAUUCUGGAUUACUGUAUCGGGCCCAAAAAAUUUAGUUAAAAUUGAAAUUUGGGAGGAGAAGUCUAUCAGACACAAUUUGAAUUCAUUUCCCGCUAGGUUCACUGUGAUUUUCUACGAAAUUAAAAAAAAAACACAGAAUUCCACGUGGCUUCUAAUAUUUCGCGAAAAACUGGUAAUUUUUGAAUUUUAGUAGAUAAAAAUAAUUUUGGAUCACUGAAAUUUUCACCUCAAAAAUGAAACUUGACUGCUAAAAUGCUAGAUUACAUUAGAAUCAACAUUUAGAAUUUUCAAAAAAAUACAUUUUUGUUUUUUUUGCACCCCACCCUCCCUCAUUUUUUUUUGCAGAAGUGUCAACGUGGUUGUCGAUCUUGAAGGAAGUUAUCGAAAUCGUGCAUUUCUUCGAGCUCUCGAAGAAAGUGUUUUAGUCAAACGAGAAUAUCAUUAUGUUUUUUCGAAUUUUCAAAUCGAUGAAAAUGAUUUGAGCGGAUUUCAUUUCUCGUUGAUUAAUGUAACCAUUUUUCAAGUUUUCGACAAGACAAAUAAGAAAUUUUUGUGAGUUUUUUCCCGGAGAAAAAUAUGAGGAAACUUUUUCAAAUACUAAAAUUUCAGACAAAAUCGUGCGGAAUUCAAAGAUUUAUAUCGUGGCGGUUUGCCGUUGGCUGAAAAUAUUCCACCAAUGGCAGCUUUUGCACAUGAUGCGAUUUUGGUGGCAGCGAAAGCAUUGGAAUUGGUGAUUGAGGAUAAUCGGAAGAUUUUUGAUAAGUUAGUUUGGGGGAAGAGUUUUUUGGUGGAACAAAUUAUUUUAAAAAAAUUUGUAAGCUGAAAAAAAUUGGUGAACAAUUUGGCGCUCAAAGGCCACGUGGCAAUUGUUAAAAAUAUUGCAUAUUUUCUUGAAUUUUUUAGUUUAUAAUCCAUGUGGCACUUUUAAUUUUGAUUACAUACUUUUUCAAAAGAACCUCUAUUUUAAAUCAAAAUUUGUAAAUCUGGAAACGUUUCCAGUUUUAUUUUUGCAGUGCUUUUAAUCGCCAUCAACUUUUAAAUCGAAAUCAAAAAGGAUUAUAUUGUCGACCACACGAAGAUAUCAAUGAAAAUCGACAAUUUGAAACAUUUGAAUUCGGAAAAACAAUCGCAAAAGCAAUUUCGAAAGUUGUAAUCGAUGAAAAUGAUGGAACUUUGACUGGAAAAAUACAAUUUGAUGCAAAAAAUGGGGCGAGAAAGAAUUUCUCAGCUUCUGUCAUUGAAAUUCGACCAGGAACUAGUAGUUUGAAUAGUGUUUGGGAGGUUUGGAAAUAUUUUAUUAAUCCAAGCAUAUUUAUUCCUCAAUUAUUUUUGCAGCGUUUUCGUUGGUCUGAAGGUUUUGGUUUUCUUCUUGGCGGUGAUAAUCAUGUACACGUGGAAAAGAAAAAAGAUUCGCAACAAAUUAGAAAAGGCAUUUUGCCAUCGAAACCUUGGAAACUUCGAUUUAAUGUGGUUACUGUAUUGGUUAAACCAUUUGUGAUGUUGAAAAGGAGAAAUCCAAAAGAUCCAGAAUUGAAAGGUAACUUUGAAAAGGGGAGGAAUAAAAAGAGGAGGCAUGGGAUUGGAUUACUGUAGUUUUUUAAUGUAGAAAAAAUUGAUGAGGAAAGUUAAAAAUGAAUAAAUUUCCAAGUGCCCAACAUUGAAAUUGCAGAUUUUCAAGUUCCGAAUUCUUAAAAUCAUGAAAAAAUCUAAAAUUUUCAGAAACCGAACCAAAAAUGAAUUACUUUUCAUUAUCAAAUCCCAAAAACCCAAUAAUAAUUUUUUCAGGAAACGAUAGAUUCGAAGGAUAUUGCAUUGAUCUUCUGAAUUUAUUAGCCAAUAAUAUAACAGGUUUCCAUUAUGAUGUAUUUAUAUCAGAAGGUAAUAAAUAUGGUGCACGACAAGCUGAUGGAAGUUGGGAUGGAAUGUUGGGAUAUUUAUUAAAUGAAACUGCUGACGUGGCAGUUGCACCUUUAACAAUAACACAAGAAAGAGAAAGAGCUGUUGAUUUUUCGAAACCAUUUAUGACAACUGGAAUAUCAAUUAUGAUAAAGAAACCAGAAAAACAAGAAUUUAAUAUAUUUUCAUUUAUGGAACCACUUGGAAUGACUAUUUGGAUAUUUACACUUUCGAGUUAUUUUGGAGUUUCUUUGACCAUUUUUUUGGUUUCUUGGUUUUCACCGUAUGAAAAACGAAUUGAAUUUAAACGCGGAGAAUUCACAGGUACUUGAGCGUUCAUUUUUUCGAUCACUCGAUUAGAACUCUCAAUUUAUAUAAUGGAAUUUUGAAACGUAGAUUUUUCGGAAAUUUUUGAGGGAAAUACUUUGAGUCCAAAAUAAUUUUUUUUCAAAAUUUUCAAGAAACUGAAAUGUCUAUACAAAACAGAGUUUCUUUAAAUGAAAUUUUGAAACAGUAAUCUUUUUUUGCUACUGAAUUUUUUCAAAAAUAAAAUUUAUUGAAAGUAAAAAAAUCUGAAACAACAAAUUUGAAUGUAACUACUAAAAUAUUGAAAAAUGCCACGUCAUAACUCACAAUAUGUUUUCUCUUUCAGUCACCAAUGAAUUCACGCUCUACAAUUCUUUAUGGUUUACUUUGGCUGCAUUUAUGCAACAAGGAACUGAUAUAUUACCUCGAGCUGUUUCUGGUCGAAUUGCAUCAUCUUGUUGGUGGUUUUUUACACUUAUUAUUGUAUCAUCUUAUACUGCUAAUUUGGCCGCUUUUUUGACACUUGGUAUGGUUUUGGGAUUCGAGGAAAUUCGGGGAAAAUCGGGGUGUCGGCUUCGAAAAUUGAAUUUUUCACAGAUUUUUCAACAAAAAAAAAUUAAUUAUGAAAAUUCCAAAUCAAAGUUUACACGUGGAUCUUCUCCUCCUCAAAAUUCCCAAUUUAAUUUUACAGAAAGAAUGACUCCACCAAUUGAAAGUGUUGAUGAUUUGGCAAAUCAAGAUAAAAUUCUUUAUGGAGUUGUUGAAGGCGGUUCAACAGCUGCAUUUUUCGAAGAUUCAAUAGUUCCACUUUACAAGAAAAUGUGGAAUUUUAUGGCAAGUACACAUCAAAGACAUGCUGAUUCAACAUCUGGAAAUACAACAAUUUCAAAAACAUUUGUUAGUUCUUAUGCAGAUGGAAUUGAAAAAGUUAGAACAAGUAAAGGAAAAUAUGCAUUUUUACUCGAAGAAACAACAAAUAAUUAUGAAAGUGGAAGAAGACCUUGUGAUACAAUGAAAGUUGGACAAAAUUUGAAUACUUUGGGAUAUGGAAUUGCAACGAAAAUUGGAAAUCCUUUGAGAGUUAGUCUAAAUCUAGCAAUUUUAUAUCUUCAAGAAAAAGGAGAAUUGAAAAAAUUGGAAAAUAAAUGGUGGUAUGAUAGAGGACAAUGUGAUAAUGGAAUGUCUGAUGGUGGAAAUAGUUCGAGUUUGAAUUUAUCAAAAGUCGCUGGAAUAUUUUAUAUUUUAAUGGGUGGAAUGGUUUUGAGUAUGUUGACUGCUUUGAUUGAAUUUUUGGUGCGAAAAAAUAAGGAAAAUUGGGAGAAGGAAAAGACGAGACAAAAGAAUAUCAAAGAGAAAAAGAAUCGAGUGAUUGUGGAAAAUUUGAAUAGAAAAAGAAGGACGAAAAGUGAAGAGCCGCAGAGGAAUUCAAGUUUUUCGACACUAUUUUAA